AAUCAAAAUUUUAUUUUUAUCAAAUUAUAUUACACACAUAAUACUUGACAAAAAUAUAAAAUAAAUAUAUGUGUACAUAUUUAUUUAUUGACCAUCAAGGAGAAUUUGGGAGAUUUGCGACAGGAAAAUCCAGCCAGCUGCAACGGAAGUUCGCGACUGGGGUUUUGACACACUUGAUAAACUAAACCAUAUGGAGGUCACAGUGGACACAUGAGGAAGGCUGUCUUAAACCGGAGAAGUUUUCGCAUAUCCUUCAGACUGAGAAACAGAAACUAAUUAAUGUAUUAGAACGCACUACUAGAGAACAUAUCACAAAGCACUUAAAUUAAUCUUCAAGCAUAUCCGAGCAAUCCAUAAAUCAUUGCCAGGACAUAGCAUUGAUUAAUGUUGCGUAUACGCAACGUGUGCCACCCAAGAGGCGGCCUCUAACUGAUACACAGAACAAGAAGACAAACAUACAUAAGUGGAGAAAGUGUGCAAGACGGAGCUAUUCCAUUAGCACCUUUCCCAUCCAUUCAUCCAUCAAGACUAAACCAAAAAGACGUGAAAGAAUUCUUCCAAAAUGGCCUUCAUAUGGCGACGACGCUCUACAACAAUUGUCAAAUUGGUGGCAGUCCUGCUGGCCAUUUGGUUUUGCAUUGCCUUCCUCAUCUACACAGAUGACACGCGACGACAGGCCGCUCAAGUGGGAGCUGGUGGCAGUGCAGGCAGUGGUCCAGCUGCCCCCGGUGAUCCCGUUGCCAUGGCCUUGAGAGAUGGCCUCGAAGAUCCGGUCGUUGAUAGUGAUUUGGGUGCUCUUGGCAAUGCUAUAGACAGUGCCCAGGGCAAUGCAAUUGACGAGGCUGACAUUCCACCCACUAUAGCACCUAAGCCAAAGGUUGCACAUUCGGCAGAGAAGAAAAAGAAGCCAGUACCCAAAGAGAAACAAGAGGAUGCGGCUCAAAAAGUUUUGCUUCCUCCAAGCGAAUUGGAAGAGACUCCUGGUGAAAUGGGAAAACCCGUAAAAUUGCCAAAGGAUAUGCCAGACGAUAUGAAAAAAGCAGUUGAGGAUGGCUGGACCAAAAAUGCUUUUAAUCAAUAUGCCUCCGAUUUGAUAUCCGUGCAUCGCACACUUCCUGAUCCCCGCGAUGCCUGGUGCAAGGAUACAGCACGUUAUCUAACCGAUCUGCCCAAAACAGAUGUAAUCAUAUGCUUCCACAAUGAGGCCUGGUCUGUACUUUUGCGUACGGUCCAUUCAGUUCUCGAUCGCUCACCAGAACAUCUGAUUGGCAAAGUUAUUUUGGUUGAUGACUAUAGUGACAUGCCCCAUCUUAAGAAGCAGUUGGAGGAUUAUUUUACUGCCUAUCCAAAAGUACAAAUUGUGAGAGGAGCCAAACGUGAGGGAUUGAUUCGUGCCCGAAUUUUGGGUGCCCAAUAUGCCAAGUCGCCCGUUCUAACGUAUUUGGAUUCGCAUUGCGAGUGCACAGAAGGCUGGCUGGAGCCAUUGCUGGAUCGGAUUGCCCGUAAUUCCACAACUGUUGUUUGUCCCGUCAUCGAUGUUAUCAACGAUGAUACUUUGGAAUAUCACUACCGCGACUCAACGGGCGUCAAUGUGGGUGGCUUUGAUUGGAAUUUGCAAUUCAGUUGGCAUGCUGUACCCGAACGUGAGAAGAAGCGCCAUAAUAGCUCUGCGGAACCUGUCUACUCUCCCACAAUGGCUGGCGGUCUCUUUUCUAUUGACCGGGAUUUCUUCGAACGGCUGGGCACAUACGAUUCUGGCUUCGAUAUCUGGGGUGGUGAAAAUCUGGAGUUGUCCUUUAAGACAUGGAUGUGUGGUGGCACUUUGGAGAUUGUACCCUGUUCCCAUGUGGGUCACAUAUUCCGCAAACGGUCGCCAUAUAAGUGGCGUUCUGGUGUAAAUGUACUGAGAAAGAAUUCCGUGCGUUUGGCUGAGGUCUGGAUGGAUGAUUAUGCUCAGUACUAUUAUCAUCGCAUCGGCAAUGACAAGGGCGAUUGGGGUGAUGUCUCUGAUCGCAAGAAGUUGAGGGAGGAUCUGCAAUGCAAAAGUUUCAGAUGGUAUUUGGAUAACAUUUAUCCUGAGCUUUUUAUACCCGGCGAUGCAGUGGCUCAUGGCGAGAUUAAAAACUUAGGUUAUGGCGGUCGCACCUGCAUGGACGCCCCGGCUGGAAAGAAGCACUUGAAGAAAUCUGUGGGCACUUAUCCAUGUCAUCGUCAGGGUGGCAAUCAGUACUGGAUGCUGAGCAAAGCUGGGGAAAUACGUCGUGACGACUCCUGUUUGGACUAUGCCGGCAAAGAUGUGACACUUUACGCAUGUCAUGGCAGCAAGGGCAAUCAGUUCUGGACAUAUCGUGAGAAUACAAAGCAACUGCAUCAUGGCACUUCGGGCAAGUGCCUGGCCAUAAGUGAGGCCAAAGACAAACUUCUCAUGGAGGAAUGUAAUUCGUCUUUGGCCCGUCAGCAGUGGAUGCUGGAGAACUACGAUGGCUCGAAGUUGUGAGGCUACUUUUAUGCGAAAGGCAACAUUCUAGUGCCUACUUCGCAGCGACAUCGACGACUGGGAGCAUAGCGGCAGACGAAGUGACACGUAAUGAUGAAGUAAAUGGAUAAGAGGAUUCCCCCCCUUGAAAAAAAAAACUUGUGCAAUAAGCUAGGAAAUGAAACUGGAGAUGGGGAAAAAGCGUAGCAGCAUCGUCAACAACAAAUAAAUAAACAAUAAUUUGCCAUGUUUGAAACACUGAAUGCGCUCUAAAAAAAAAAAACAACAACAGAUUAUCCCUUAAAACAUAUGUGUUUAUAUAGUUAUACUUUCACACCCACACACCCAUAUACAUAUACAUACAUACAUAUGUAAUAUUUAUUAUAAUUUUCAAAACGAAAUAGUUUUAAGGACACACACAUCCCACUACAAGGACGACUGUUGUACAGUAGCUAUAAGAUUUUCUACUACGCUGAGUCUACAAAUUUUGCUAGAAAUUCUAGGCUUAGUUAUUUAAGCUAAGAAAAUUUAGAUAUAGUUAAAUAUCAGCCAAGCCAAGGACCAUGUCUCUGGCAAAAUUAAAGUCGUAGCGCAAUUUUUGCAUUUACUUUGUAAAUCUUAGCACAAUUUUGGUUCCAUAUCCGAUGAAAUAUGAUAAUGAACUUUUGUGUAUGUGUUUGUUUUUUGCCCCGGUCAAAAUGAAACUGAAACAUAUUUAAUUCUAUUAUUUCCGACAUCAAAUGGCUUUGCAAAAGCCGCGUUCCAAAUAUAUGAUUUUAGCCCAUAAGCUAAUUAGUAAAUAAGUAUUAAAAGAUGGAAAGCAUUUGGUGAUAGCCCCUUCAAUUUGAGGCCCCGCACCAUUCCUAAUAGAGAAACAGAGGGAGAGAAAAAAAAGAAGAAAAUAUAGGUCCAAAAACCUUGAUUUUAUUUAUUAAACUUAUUUCGAAAAGAAAAACAACAACAAAAAACAAAAGCCAAUGCCAAAUUAUUUAAUAGAUCUAUCUGAAUUUGUCUUUUUGUGUA